AUGAAUUGUUUCACUACAACAGACAAAGGUAUGGCGGCAGUAAUCAAGGUUGUAACGAUUCGAAAAUCAUCCCUUUGGCGAUUGCUUGGCUCGAUUUUUGUAUUGCUCCUGGUGCUAAGCAGCAUUUAUCUAGAGUCAUGGAAGAUUGUUACCACCAACAUUCAUUACAUUCCUUUCGGGAUUUCUGCGAGUGUUUCCUUAGGAAAAACGCAAGCACAAGACAUAACAGACGCCGAACACUUAAGACAAAUCGCCAGAAAAGUCCAAGUUGCUGGAGUUAACUGUGAAGCUUUAUUAGAUGGCGACAAAAAUGAAAUAAAAGCAGCGCUAAGUCUGAAAACAAACGCCAGCAUUCCACUUAUGGACUCGUUUUAUUUAAACAUAACAACAAAUUGUACAGACUUUCAAAAACAACGUGGCUAUAUUAUGUCUUCGCUGACGAAUGAGGAAAGGAACUUUUCCAUAGCGUUUUCAGUGAUGGUCUAUAAAGACGCUGAGAUGGUAGAGCGACUUUUACGAGCAAUCUAUCGCCCACAUAAUGUUUACUGUAUCCACGUAGAUUACAAAUCUCCAUUAGAAUUUUUCAGAGCUAUUUCAGCCAUAGCCAAUUGUUUCCCUAAUGUGUUCAUUGCCAGUAAAAGAGUUGACGUGAGGUGGGGAACAUUCACAGUGCUGGAACCGGAGCUAAUAUGCAUGGAGGAAUUGUGGAGGUAUAGGAAAUGGAAAUACUUCAUAAACUUGACAGGGCAAGAGUUUCCUUUGAAAACAAACUACGAACUUGUGAAGAUCCUCACUGCCUACAACGGAUCAGUUGAU